CAAUAGGUAAGGAGAGAGAGACAGAGAGAGCAAGAGAUACAUACAAGGAGAGAAAGAGAGAGGGAGAGACAUAUAUACAAGGAGAGAAAGACAGUAAAAAGGCAAGGCCAGAGUCAGAGGAAAGACAGACAAGAGGGAAGAGGAGUUAGAUAAAGUUGAGCCAAUGGGACUGAAGUAGUGACAGAGAGAUAGGUAAAUAAACAAAGAUGAAUAGGUCAGUGUCUUGACAGGACAGAUUUACAGUGCGGACAACCUGCAGUGAAGAAAAGGAUAGGAAGGGGCAUUAGAGGAGCGACGGGAGUAUUUAGAAGAGAAGAAACUCCUCAUUUAUCAGCGCUGCAUCUUAGAAAGAGAGUGAGACAAGUCGGGAAACUCCACAGGUGUAGAUGCAGACAGGUGGUCAGUCAGACAUGCCUCUUGUGCUUCUGUUUCUCUGUGUGGCCGGAGGAGUCUGGGGGUCCGCCCCCGGAGCGUGGGGGUACGGACGGAUCCAGGACAGACAGGGUACAGCGGCAACAAUGUGCCCAUCUCCGUGCCACUGUGAAGAAGACGGGAUCUUUAUCAUGGUUGACUGCUCAGAGAUGGGACUAUCAUCUGUGCCAGCCAACCUCAGCCCACUGACCACAUACCUGGAUCUGAGCAUGAACAACAUCAGCGAGAUCCAGCCCAGGGCCUUCCACCGACUGCACCUGUUAUCAGAACUGCGUAUCUCAGGGAAUCAGCUGAGGUAUAUUUCAGGCCUCGCCUUCCAAGGUCUACACAACCUCAAAGUUCUGAUGCUACAGAACAACCAGCUGGAGAGACUUCCUGAUGAUGCUCCUUGGGACCUACCCAACCUCCUGUCCUUGCGUCUCGACGCGAACCUGUUGUCUGUGGUUCCGGCUGAGGCUUUUAGAGGUGUCCGCUCCCUUAGACACCUGUGGCUAGAUGACAACUCCCUAACGGAGAUCCCAGUGAUGGCCCUUGACUCUCUGCCCUCUCUGCAGGCCAUGACGCUGGCGCUCAACCAAAUCACACACAUCCCAGAUUACGCAUUUACCAACCUCUCUGCCCUUGUGGUACUGCAUCUCCAUAACAACCACAUCAGGAGCAUGGGCUCGAGAUGUUUUGAAGGUUUAAACAGUCUGGAGACACUGGAUUUAAACUACAAUGAUCUGCAGGAGUUCCCUGUGGCCAUCAGGACACUGAGCAAACUUCAGGAACUGGGCUUCCAUAACAACAAUAUCAAAGCCAUCCCUGAGAGGGCCUUUGUGGGAAACCCUCAGCUCCAAACCAUUCAUUUCUAUGAAAACCCCAUCCAGUUUGUGGGAAAAUCCGCUUUCCAGUUCUUACCUAAGCUGCACACACUCUCCCUUAACGGGGCAACCCAGAUUCGAGAGUUUCCUGAUCUGAAAGGAACCACCAGCCUGGAAAUUUUAACGCUGACUCGGGCUGGUCUCUCAGCUCUCCCUCUGGAUCUGUGUGAGCAGCUGCCUCGCCUCAGAGUGCUGGAGCUUUCUUACAACCAGAUAGAGGAUCUGCCCAGCUUUUACCACUGCUCUGCACUGCAAGAGAUAGGGUUGCAGCAUAAUCAAAUCAGAAGGAUCGAGUCAAGCACCUUCCAGCAGCUCACCUCUCUAAGAGCACUUGAUCUGAGCUGGAAUAUGAUCGAGAGUAUCCACCCAGAUGCCUUUGCUUCGCUUCACUCCUUGGUUAAACUGGACCUGACUGAAAACCGUCUGAGCUCAAUACCUGUUGUAGGUUUGAGCGGUCUGACCCAUCUCAAGCUGAGGGGGAACACAGAAUUAUAUGAGGCCUUCAAUCCUGAUAACUUUCCCCAUAUGAGGGUGAUAGAGAUGCCUUAUGCCUACCAAUGCUGUGUGUACGGCUCCUGUGAUAGCUACAAGCCAGCCGGUCAGUGGGACUCAGAACAGAGCAGCACCAGUGAAGACCUGCAUAAGAGGACUGUAGCCAUGUACCCCAUCCACACCGACACUCACUAUGACCCAGAUUUGGAGGAGUUCCAGCUGGAAUUAGAGGAAUCCAAACUGCAGGCCAGCGUCCAGUGCACACCAACACCUGGUCCUUUCCGUCCCUGUGACUCUCUGUUGGGCAGCUGGCUAGUUCGCGUUGGCCUGUGGUGCAUCUCCCUGGUGUCUCUGCUGGGGAACUCCAUCCUGCUUCUGUCUCUCUUUGGCUCAUCAGGCUACCUGUCACCACUUCGCUUUACCGUGGCUUGCAUGGGGGCUUCAAAUCUACUGACCGGUGUGUGUAUGUGCACCCUGGCCCUUGUGGAUGCUCUCACGCUGGGAGAAUUUGGUCACCACGGAGCCCGGUGGGAGGGGGGUCCUGGUUGUCAGGCGACAGGAUGGGUCUGGGUGUUUGCAUCUGAGGCCAGUGUGUUGCUGUUAACUCUUGCAGCAGUGCAGUGUGGUGUGAGCGUGACGUGUGCGCGCACCUAUGGGAAGUCCCCAUCCCUCGUGAGUGUACGCACCUGUGCACUGUUCUGCCUCGUUCUCUCCAUCACGCUUGCUUCUCUCCCACUGGCAGGAGUCGGGGAGUAUGGGUCCUCACCUUUCUGCCUUCCCUCACCCCUGCCACCCCCAUCUUCUCGACUGCCGUCCUCCCUGGGCUUUCCCUUGGCCCUCAUUAUGAUGAACACCCUGUGCUUGCUUAUAGUCACAGGUUCACACAUCCGCCUUUACUGGGAGUUACUCAGAGGAGAGUGUGAGGGCUUGUGGGACUGCGCUAUGAUCAAACAUGUUGCCUGGCUAAUAUUCACCAAUGGUCUUCUCUAUGUACCAGUAGCUUUCCUCUCACUUUGUUCCCUUCUUGGUCUCCUUUCUCUGGGGGAGGAAGUACUAAAAUCAGUCCUCCUGCUUCUCCAGCCCUUGCCAGCCUGCCUCAACCCUCUCCUCUUCCUUCUUUUCACGAGAGACCACUCUCAGCUGUUUUUCUGGCCACGCCCCAAAGCACGUACACAGCUCCGUCGGGACCACACCUUGGACUCGUUGGUUUCCGUGGACACAGAAAAGAGCUCCUGCUCCGAUUCCUCAACACAGGUGUCACUCACUGAUGCCACGUACAGUGGAGGAUCUUCUCUCCAACCCCGGCAGGAUCCGAUCAGAUUUUCCCACUGCUCCUCCACAUCCUCUGUUCCUCUCAUCCCUUGUCAAAUACCUCCUCCCACCGCCAGAGAUAGAGAAAGGGUGGCAGAGUGAGAGAGAGAGAGGGUGAGCGACUGGUGAUUUCUGGAAAGUUUGGAUCAAGAUGUCUAUCACACUGCCAUGUCUCUCACUCUCAACGUCUUACCCAUGAGCCUCCAAGCUAGCUGUCUGAAAAGCUAGGACACCAUAUGAAUAUUAAAGGACCAUCUUCUCACCGCAGAAAGACUGCCUCUGGGUUCAGUGUCAAGCUCCUCAGAACAUUCUACACUGAAACUGUUACUACAGAGACUACAGAGUACAGAGAAGCUGACAAGAAAACAAAGAGCCUCUGAAAGUGGAGAGCGGGACUAAAAGGUCCUUUCACAGAAAAGACUAUUCAAGGAAACUGAAUAGGACAAUGACAUUACUUUUUAUAUAAAGGACAAUUUCAGACACAUUUCAGUGGACUGAGUCAUGGGGAAUAGUUCAAAUCCACAUGGAAAAUGUAAGCAUUGGACAAAUCAGUGAUUUCGCCUGUGGGGAAUUUAGGUAGCACCAAUAGAUCUUUGUUUAUAUUGAAAACUGAUGAAAAAUCCAACUCAGAAGAUGCAGGUUGUUUGGUUCUUUUAUAGGUGGAGCCAUUUUUUUUUUGUUUAAAUACAAAUUCUAUCCUAUUGCUAAGGUCUGUUUAAAAAAAAAAAAAAAAAAAAAAGGAACUCAUCACACACACACACCAGGACAGUCAGUGUAAGCUAACAGUUUUCUUCCACAGAUGUCAUUGUCAUAUUGUACUAUGCAACUGUAUAAUACAAAGGUUGUUGUAAAAAUGCUACUCUUUAUAUGGCAGCAAAGUGCCACAGGAAAUGGGCCGCACAUAUAUUUUCAUAUGGUUUACAUGGUUUGAUCUCAAGAAAAGCAACACUAUCCAACAGGAGGCAAGCAGUCAUAGAGACUGAAUGGGAUGUAGGUAUUUUUCUUACAGACUUUAGAGUAGGCUAGCAUUAUGUACAUACAAUAUAACUACCUCUGAACUAGCAUGGUAUUGACUCACUACAGCCUUAUGAUGUUUGUCUCCCCUUUUUAUAAACAGCAAUUAUAUAAUUUUAUAUUAUAAGAAAUAAAUCCUUAGCUUGUAAAAACAAAUGUACU